AAGUCGUUGUCCCUCUCCCUCUGAAUGGACGAAGCAGGAGCAGCCAUCCUCUCCUCUUUACUUUAUAACGACAGCUUCAGCCCCUGAGUUCACCGUCACCCCUGGAGUGUGUGUGGGUGGAUGUGUGAGUGGAUGCUGGGGAGGUGUGAGGGAGUGUGUGUGUGAGGGUGUUCCGGGGUGAUGUACUCUCCAUAUCAAGGCCGUGAGGAGUUGGAGGAUGAUCUCUACCAAGAGCAGGACAAUGAUGACUCUGAUGGGUCGGAGGCCUACAGUGAGGUGGAGUUCCGCCUCUACAGCCAGCUCCACUACUCCUCCAAUGCUGGGGACAUGGAGGACAGAGGUGAGACACCGGAGGACCAGGACAGCCCGCAGCCGGAGGUGACGGUAGACGCUGACGGAGAACCGGUACACACUGAAGAUUGUGGACUUCCAUCAUCGGAACAACAACUCCUGAAGAAGAAGAAGGUGGGAGAGAAACGUGAUAAGCAGAAGAAGGGGAAGAGUGAUCCUAAAGGUCAUAGGUCGUCGUCUUUAGUCUUUGAGGAGGUCAUCGUCAUUGACUCCAGCCCGGACGUUAUCUCCAUCUCUGAGGACGACACUGCUGACGAUGAAGGCGUCUGUAUCAUGAAGGGUCAAGGUUUGCACCGGCUGCAGACGUCCACCCCAACACAUCAGGGGAGCCAGAAAAGGGAGACGAGUCUCAAUGUGCCAGUGAGCGUUGACUCCAGCAGCUCAGAAUCGGAUUCAGAAGAGUCGGAGUCCAAGUCGGCGUCUGACUCUUCAGAAUCUUCGGAUUCAGAAUGUCUGGAGAACUGGAUGAUCCUGGGCCGAGGGAAGGAUGUCGAAGACCUGUCCAUCUCACUCAACCUGGAGGGAGGGUCUAACAGCAGCACAGGUGUGUUUUUGGAUGCUGAAGAAGAGAAGGAGAGCACCUGGGUGGUCUCCAACAAGGACAAGGACGCUCAGAUCUUCAACAAAGACAAGGGUUCCAAGAUAGUUACGCAGCGGGUGCCCAACAGAUACUAUACUAACAAGAGCGUCCAAUGUAGAAACUGCAGCAAGACCGGGCAUCUCUCCAAGAACUGCCCCGAGCCCAAGAAGUUGUCGACAUGCUACCUGUGUGGCACCCCCGGCCACAUGGCCAUUGAGUGUCCCAAUAAGCACUGCAACAACUGUGGCUUACCGGGUCACCUGUACGAGUCCUGCAGCGAGAGGCCGUACUAUCACAAACAGUGUCAUCGCUGCAGCAUGAAGGGACACUUCUUUGACGCCUGUCCAGAGAUCUGGAGACAGUACCACAUCACAAACAAGACGGGUCCUCUUGUGAAGCAGAUGGAAGAGGACAAUGGCAGAUCUCCUGCCUUCUGCUACAACUGCUCCAAGAAAGGACACUUUGGACACACGUGCGCACGGCAGAGGAUGUUCAACGGGUCGUUUGCCACCGUCCCUUUCAUCAACCACUACGACUCGGUGGAGGACAUCAACCGCAGGCAGCACAGGCUCAAGAUGAGGGUUAAAGAAUUAAAGAAAAACGGUUGUUUAUUCAACACCUGUCAGACCCCCGUCACACCAGGACCGCCAAAGAAGAGGCAGAAAUUCAGCCACCAAAACAACCACCAGCAAACCCCUCACAGCCACAAACCCAGCGGCAGCCACAUCUUUUUUAGUGACAAUGACAAUGACAAGUACUCAGCACCGAAAACCAAUAAGUUCCACAAGAUCAAACCCCAGCAAAGCACUGGCAAUGGGAAACCGUGGAAACCCAAGAGACCAGUGCCCACGUCAAGAGACCCACUCCCGUCAAAGAAACACCUUUUUGAUGACGCAGAUGACUUUCCCAGAGGAGGAGGCCAGAGAGAGAACACGGAGAAGAAGAGCAGGAGGAAAAAGAUGAAGAAACCAAACGAUGUCCCCAACAAGGGACACAGAGACAGCAGACCUGACCGUCUCUGUCGGACUGUAACUGGUGCGAAGAAGGGGUCCGGCUCAAAGCAGGAGGUCAGAGAGAGCAGCAGGAAGAGGAGAAAUCGAGCCCGAAGCUUCGCCCACAAACAAAAAGGCGACGAUUCAUCGAUGUAUCCAACCGAUGAGAACCUGUUUAUCAUCAAACAGAGACGGAAACGCAAAAGUUAGCAUCAGUAUGAGGGGGGUGUGGGUGUCAAGAGGCCGUCAGGGCUGUGAUCCAUAUGAUCAGUGGUGAUAUUGUGUUAUCACAUGACUCAGAUCUCACUGCUACAGUCACCAGUUCCGCUUAUGGUGCACAAUCGGACAGGUCACAACAGGAAAAGCACAGAUGUAGCUGAUCAAAUUAUUCUUGACGGCAUAUUGGCUUCACUGACUUACUGGGACAUUUGAUUCGAUUGGAGACAUUGUUAAAGGAUAUUUUCACAAUUACAAUGUCUUUUACAAAGAUAUGAACACUGGCUAUUAAAAUAUCCAAAAUUCUUUCUGUAUAUUUUAAGUAAGAGAUAAAUUCAUGGCCUCAAUCUGUGGAGAAACUACAUCUAAGUAAUAUGAAGCAUCAGAGUUUGACAACUUGAAAGUUAAUCUUUUUUGUCCCCAGAUUCAAGUCUGACUUGAACAAUGGGGAGAAUAUCUUAACUUUAACUCUUUACUUAUCUUUAUUGCAUAUAUCUGUGCUUUCCUGCUAUGACCAGGUACCUUUGUGUUCCUGGGUUUGACCCUGUACUCCGAGCUGCCUUUUCAUUGUUUCCCCCUGUGGUCAAUGUGAGAAUUACUGCGCCUAUUUAAACUGAGGCAUGGCUUCAUGACCUUUUAAGAAGUGUUCCAAUCACUGUUUGACAUUUUGGUUCCAGCACCAGGAGUUCAUACAGUUAGUUCAACAGUAAUUCUGUUCAAUAGCAAUAUUACAUUGCUAAUAGACAUAAAGAGAGAAUUAGUCAUUUAGUUGCAGCACCCUAUUUCAAUGGAUAAUUUAAUAGAUAAUGGUUAGAAAAGAGUUGUAGCUAUUAUCAUAUUCUUUCAAUUUGUUCACAGGAAUUUGUGCUCAUUGUGAAUUUGAAUAAAAGCAGAUGGCUCAUUGAAGUUCAGUAUUGUGUUUUGCCUCUGCUCUGAUCAUUUUAAAGUUGUUGCAGCCAAAGGAUGGUGACUUUCUUUGAAAACUCAUUUUGGAUUAUAAUCCUUUCUUCAUUUACGAAUAACAGGAUGUCAUUUUUUAACAACAUCCAUUAAUUUAUGAAUUAUCAGAAGAUAGGAAGAUACUAUACAUAUUUUUAAAGCUGCUUAUUUGUGUCUCUUCACCAGUUCUUGUGGGAUCUGCAUUUCAUAUAUCACUGACAUGCAGCCCUGAUGAUGGUAACUUUUAUACGCCCACUGUGUAUUCAGUUAUUUAUCUUAUUUGCUGUGAUUAUAACAUGAUAACACACAAUGAAAGAGUGGAAGAUGAGAUAACAUGAACACUUCGUUAACCAACAUCUCUGUGGAAAAAUAAAACUUGAAUCUGCUUCAUCUGAAUACUUCUGUGAUUCAGGAAGAGAAAUCA